CCCCAGCGUCCAUAAUUUACCCGUUUCUGGGAGUACGCGUGUUUGGAGUCCAGCAACGAAUCACUUUUUGUUUCACGGACUGUUUUUGUACCCCAAUAGUAUUUCGAGAGUCUUUUAUGAGUAAUCAAAGGCAGCAGAAGCCUACGCUAACAGGCCAGCGCUUCAAAACUCGGAAAAGAGAUGAAAAGGAGAGGUUUGACCCUACACAAUUCCAGGAAACUAUUGUACAAGGUCUGAAUCAAUCUGGCACUGAUUUGGAAGCAGUCGCGAAAUUCCUAGAUGCCUCUGGUGCCAAACUCGACUACCGGCGCUAUGCUGAGACCCUGUUUGACAUCCUGGUGGCCGGGGGAAUGCUGGCCCCAGGAGGAACUCUAUCCGAUGACAUGACCAGCACGGAGUUUUGCCUUUUUAAAGCACAAGAAGACAUGGAGACGAUGCAGGCUUAUGCUCAGGUCUUCAACAAGCUGAUCCGGCGUUACAAGUACUUAGAGAAAGGGUUUGAGGAGGAGAUUAAAAAACUGCUGCUCUUCCUUAAAGGCUUCACCGAGUCAGAGCGUAACAAGUUAGCCAUGCUCACAGGGAUUUUACUGGCCAACGGCAACAUUUCGGCCUCCAUUCUCAACAGCCUGUUCAACGAGAACCUGGUCAAAGAAGGUGUCUCGGCCUCCUUCGCUGUGAAACUUUUCAAAUCCUGGCUCUCUGAAAAGGACAUAAACUCGGUGGCUGCGAAUCUGAGGAAAGUGGGCAUGGACAACAGACUCCUGGAGCUGUUCCCAGCCAACAAACGCAGCUGUGAACACUUCUGCAAGUACUUCACUGAUGCCGGACUCAAAGAGCUCUCGGACUUUGUCAGAAAUCAGCAGUCCAUCGGUGCACGUAAAGAGCUACAGAAGGAGCUACAGGAGCAGAUGCUGCGUGAGGAGCCCAUCAAAGAUAUUAUUGCCUACUCCAGAGAGGAACUGAAGAAGAACAAUAUUUCUGAGCAGACGAUGAUUGGCCUGAUUUGGGCCAGUUUAAUGAGCACUGUGGAGUGGAACAAGAAGGAGGAACUGGUCACGGAACAAGCCAUAAAACAUCUGAAGCAAUACAGUGCAUUGUUGAGCGCUUUUACCACCCAGGGGUCCUCCGAAGUCACUCUUCUGCUCAAGAUCCAGGAAUACUGUUACGACAACAUCCACUUCAUGAAAGCCUUUCAGAAAAUUGUUGUGCUGCUCUACAAAGCUGACGUCUUGAGCGAGGGAGCCAUUUUGAGGUGGUACAAUGAAGCCCACCUGGCCAAAGGGAAGAGUGUUUUUCUUGAACAGAUGAAAGCGUUCGUGGAGUGGCUCAAGAACGCUGAAGAAGAGUCUGAAUCUGAGGAAGAGGAAGCCGACUGAGAAGGCUUGAAGCCGACUGCCGUUUUUGCGAUUUAGUAUUUUUUACAUUAACACAGCACCAAAUGCAGUGCAGAGUUUUGUAACAGGUAUUUUGGGGGAUUCUGUUUUCUUGUCUUUUCUACCUCCUCAUAUCUAGUUUGACUUGUAAGGGCUUUAAUACUGGUUUAUUUUAGAUACCAACACUUUCCCAAGUCAAUACUCUUGUCUUUGUACUUGUGAGCUGAGCUGGAUAUAGUGCCACAAUAAGUUUAAUUGAUCAAAACUCCCUUUGAUCUAUCCAAACUAAUGAACUUUUUUCCAAAGAUUGUUUGUUAUGAAACAAGCCAUUAGCGGCACACUUUGAAAUAUUAGCCUUCUCAGAUUUCUUGUUUGCUUGAGGUGCUCAGCCAGCUCCUCUCAAUGGUAAUCCUGUUUACCAACUUACCAAUUACAUUUGUACCAGUUUUGUGCAACUUUUAUUAUGGCAGAUUUUUAGGGGCCUCUGUCAGUGGUUGCCAAUUUGAAACUAGUAAAAGUGGCAAGAUCUCAUGAAUUGAAUUAAAUUUGUAACAGAAUCAUGUUGGCGCUGUAGUUUUUAAUUUUCUGUACCAUGAGGUUUUUAAAAUAAAGACACUGCUUUCCCAAA